AUGUCGGUAUUGUUUCUCUUCGGUCUAGCGGUUAUCGGCUUAGCGGCCCAGCCGGGCGAUGGCUCUACUCCGUACAAGAAUGACUACUACGUUGCCUGUACAGGCUACAAGCCUAACUGCGUGCAAGACAAGUGCGUCAGGUUCGGGCGGGGAGUUACCCUAUGUACAGAGUGCACCUCUGGAAAGGUGCCUAUCAAUGGCGGGUGCGUGGGGAAAGACGAUGCAGACUCAUCUAUAGAUAUAGCUAUCUGUGCUCAAGAAGAUGGUGGCAAUGGCGGACAGCGCUGCACGUCAUGCACUGGUGGAAAGGGAAGUAGAAGUGACGAUCCUAAUGCAGAGACAACUUACUUCCUAUUUUAUGGUGGUUGCUACAGCAAGGAUGAGUGGCCUGGCUCGCACAUCUGUAAGACUGUUUCAAGUGGUAUGUGUAGCGUUUGCGAAACAGACUAUGAAAAUGUUUUUACGAAUUCAGAUACUAAUGCUGAGGAAAAGUGUAUCCUGUGUGGUGAUACUGUUGGCUUCAAUGGUAAGGUUGGAAUGGAUGGUUGUUCAACCUGCGUUUCUUUAUCAGAAGAUCCUGCACCAAAUAAUGCUGCAAGCACUGCUAGUAUUCAGUGUACUUCUUGUUCAGCUGACGAUAAAGCUCCGAUCAAUGGCCAGUGUACAGACGUCGGCUCUAAUGAAUGCAAAAACGGAUACUGUACUCACUGUGCAGUUGGUUACGUCUACCAUAAGGGCGGAUGCUAUAAUAAGGAAAGUGGGGGAAACAAUAUAUGCGCUGAAGAAAAUCAGAUAAAUAUAGCUGGUUACUCUGCUUGCAAGCAGUGUGCUAAUACUAGCGAAGCACCCCACAAUGGAAACUGUGGGCCAACAACUGCAAGAGGGAGCUGUAACAAGGAUGUCAGUUCUGGCAAAUGCACAGCCUGUAAUAAAAACUUCCCAGGUCUUACCAUCUUUUUGUAUGAAGGAGGAUGUUAUAGUACUCGUGACCCCCUUGGCAGUAGCAUCUGUGUAGAAGCUUUCAACGGUAGAUGCACUACUUGUAAUGAAGCGCAAGGGUAUUAUAAGAAGGAUCCUGGGUGCAGUAGCUGUGAUGCCUCCAUUUCCAAUUGCGCCAUGUGCGUUCCUGGCUCUGAUGCUUCCAGCACUCCCAUCUGUAUUGGCUGUAAGGAUAGUAAGUAUGCAGCCGUGGGCGGUGCAUCCUGUGUUGACUCGUGUCCAGCAGAUAAUCCAGGUAGCUGCGAUGAAAAUGGUAUUUGCCGCUGCAGUUGUGGCUCAGGAACCUACUUAGACACUGGCACAAGUAGAUGCGAGCCAUGCGAUCCAGCUUGCGCAGAUUGCACAGGCUCUGGGCCCGAUAGGUGCAUAUCAUGUGCUUCGGGGAAGUACAUCAAGUAUAAUGACCUUGGCACGACUGAGUGUGUAGACUCCGCUGGAUGUGGUGAAGGGUAUUAUGGAGAUGAUACUAAUUAUGCUUGUACUCCAUGCGGUAUCGAAGGGUGCCAAACAUGUACCUUCAGCAACAGCAGAGUCAUGUGCACAAAGUGUUCCCAAGGAUUUGUUUCGGUAGAUAGUUCUUCGUGUGUAUCUCAGUGUAAUGGACCAAAUCAGCAACCAGAUGGUAGUGGCAGAUGCGUCUGUGCGGAGGGCUUUGAGCCCAGUAGUGAUGGCGCAUGCAUCGCUAGGAACACCUGUCCAUCAGACGCCACAGGGUGCUCGAGCUGCAGCGCAAGUGGCGAGUGCCUCUCAUGUGCGGACAGCAAUCACAACGUCCAGCCGAGCAAGAGAUCCUGCGCCUCAGGCUGUCCAAGCGGAUCAGAAUCAGUCGGCUCUCUCUGUAUAUGCAUGGAGGGGUACAUUCUCCAGGAUGACACAUGCGUCUCUCAGACCAGGAAGGCCAGCUCCAGCUCCACGACGAUCACCGUGGCAGUCGUUGUCUCCCUUCUCAUCAUAGCGGCCGUCGCCCUCGCAUGCUGGCUCGUCCUGCGGAGGCGGCGGGGAUCGAAGCCGAUCUCGAAGAAGAGGGCAGCGGCCGAGAACGUGGAGCUCAUGGGGACGGUGGACGAGUUCUAG